AAAUAGGAGCCGGAGGCAGGAGAGGCGACGAGAGGAGGCGGAGAGGGAGCAGGCUCGCACGCAGCAGGCCACCAAGGGGGAAGAACAAUAGCGAGAGAGAGAGAAAAAAAAUCAUUUCUUGGAGGCGAGCGAGGGGGGAGGGCGGGAUCGGCGUCGGAAUUCCGGCGAAUCGGCGGGAUCCGGCCGGGAUCUGCGCGGCGGAUGAGGGGCCGGCACAAUGAAAUGGUCCACAUUGCUCAGUAAGGUCGUCUUCGCUGGCCAGCCGCCGCCGCCGCCGCCGCCCGCCCCGGCGUCCCCGCUCAGCCAGCACAGCGACCACGCCGACGCCGCCACCCCGCGCCUCAGCUCCGCAUCCACCAGCGGGGGCAGCGGGCCCGCCGACGAAGCCGCCGGACCCUUCGACGGCUACUCGCCCUCCUCCGCCGCAACCAGGGGAAAAAAUGAACUGGAGUCAGACUUCAGAAGGUUCUGGGAAGAAUUCCGCUCUUCCAGCUCUGAAAAGGAGAAAGAAAGGGCCUUAAAUUUGGCAGUAGAUGUCUUCUGUAGACUAGUGAAGCAGCAGUCUAGUGUAGCUCAAUUAGUUGCGAACCUUUCUCAUGAUUGCUACAGGUUAGUAGAAGCACAUGUUUUUGCUUUCGUUAUUGGAAGGGCUUUUGUUACUGAUGUGGAGAAGCUAAGAAUCCACAGCAAAGGAAGAUCGUUGCAUGUUGAUGAUGUCAUUGGCUUCUUUUCUGAGAUCACAGAGCUUGGCAUAUGUCCAGGUUCAAACUUGUUAUAUGCAGUCGAAGUUCUCGUGACAGAGACUAUUGAUAAGCAGCCUUUGUUGGACUCUGGUAUUUUGUGCUGCCUGAUAUAUAUCCUCAAUUCCCUAUUGAGUCCUGAUGAAUCCUGCAAAAAAUCCUUACCCGUUGGGAGAGAAGGAUCAACAAGUGAGAAGAAUAAAGAUUGGGGUCCUAUGCAAUCUCGCCGGCUUGAGAUCGAGGGAAGUGUGGUGCAUAUAAUGAAGGCACUAGCGAGCCAUUCAUCUGCUGCACCAAGUUUAGUUGAAGAUGAUGCUCUACAGCUUCUAUUCCACAUGGUUGCAAAUGGUUCAGUGUCUGUAUUUUCUCAGUUCAGGGAGGGUCUUGUUCCUCUCCACACAAUUCAGCUUCAUCGCCAUGCGAUGCAGGUUCUUGGUCUUCUUCUCGCAAAUGACAAUGGGACUUCUGCAAAGUACAUAAGGAAGCAUCAGUUGAUUAAAGUGCUCCUUAUGGCCGUGAAAGAUUUCAAACCUCAAAGUGGUGAUGCUGCUUACACCAUGGGCAUUGUGGAUUUGUUACUGGAAUGCGUUGAGCUAUCCUACAGGCCUGAGGCUGGAUCUAUUAGGCUCAGGGAAGACAUACAUAAUGCUCAUGGUUACCAGUUCCUUGUCCAGUUUGCUCUUACACUAUGCAGCUUACACAAAAUUCAGGCUCAGCAAUCAUUGACCAUAGUAUCCGAAGAGGAUGGAUCAGAUCCAUCCCACAGAUUAGAACAAGAUAGAUUUCCAUGUGACCUUUCACCUCAACUGUCCCGGUUGCUUGAUGUUCUUGUAAAUUUGUCGCAAACUGGACCCUCUGAAGAUUUUGUUGGUAAAAGUAUGAAAUCUUCUCAUGGGAAGGGAACAGGUCACAGCAGAAGCCGGACUCCAUCAGCUGAGAAGUUUUCAGACGAUGUUUUGGAAAUUAGUAGUCCCAAGGUAAAAGAUCUUGAAGCUAUUCAGAUGCUACAGGACAUUUUUCUGAAGGCAGACAACUUGGAAGUACAAGCUGAAGUUCUCAAUAGAAUGUUCAAGAUUUUCUCGAGCCAUCUUGAAAACUACAAGCUGUGUCAACAACUGCGAACUGUCCCACUUUUCAUCCUAAAUAUGGGCGGUUUCCCUGCAGCACUUCAAGAGGUCAUCUUAAAAAUUCUAGAAUAUGCAGUUACUGUUGUAAACUGCAUUCCGGAGCAGGAAUUGUUAUCACUCUGCUGCUUAUUGCAGCAACCAAUUUCAACCAGUCUUAAGCAUACAGUACUCUCUUUCUUCAUAAAGCUCCUCUCCUUUGAUCAGCAGUACAAAAAAGUUCUCAGGGAAGUUGGAGUUCUGGGAGCAUUGUUAGAUGACUUGAAACAAAACAAGCUUUUCUCUGGAGACGAGCAGCAAAGCAAGAUCUUUUACUCUCCAGAGAUUAAGCCUAACACAGAUGAUUUUCAGAAAACUGUGGACAACAAAGACUCCAUUCUUUCACCGAAGUUAAUGGCUUCUGGUUCCACAAAAUUUCCCAUGUUUGAUCAUGAAGGUACAAUUACUGUUGCCUGGGAUUGCCUUUUUUAUCUGCUGAAGAGAGCCGAGACUAACCAGCAAUCGUUCCGAUCUUCCAACGGAGUCAACACCAUUCUUCCUUUCUUGGUAUCUGAAAGCCACAGAUCUGGCGUGCUACGGCUAUUGUCAUGCCUGAUAAUUGAAGAUUCUCUUCAGGCUCAUCCAGAAGAAAUAGGAUCACUGAUUGAAAUCUUGAAGAGUGGGAUGGUAUCAACCUCACUGGGUUCUCAGUGCAAGCUUGACAAUGAUGCAAAGUGUGAUACAUUCGGUGCUUUGUGGCGUAUUCUUGGGGCAAACAGUUCAGCACAAAGAAUUUUCGGAGAAGCCACUGGUUUUUCUCUGCUACUUACAACACUUCAUAGUUUCCAGAAUGAAGGUGAAAAUGAGGAGUCUGAACCAUCCUUGUUUACUCACAUGAAGAUCUUUGGUUUUCUGAUGCGAGCUAUGACAGCUGCCGUAUGCAACAAUCCUGUUAAUAGGAUAAGGCUGCACACAAUCCUGUCGUCGCACACUUUCUAUGAUCUUCUCUCUGAGUCUGGGUUGCUUUGUGUGGACUGUGAAAAACAAGUUAUCAUACUUUUGCUCGAGCUUGCACUUGAGAUUGUUCUUCCUCCCACCAGCAACCUGCAGGUAGAGAGCAUCUCAUCUGAAACUUCAGAGGACGAGCCAGGUUUCUUAUCUGCGACCUCGUUUGGACUUCCAAGGCUUGAUGGGGAACGAGCCUAUAAUGCCAGUGCAGUUGUCGUAUUGAUCCGAUCCUUGCUAACAUUUACACCUAAAGUUCAACUGGAGUUGCUGAGAUUUAUUGAGAAGCUAGCAAAUGCUGGUCCCUUCAACCAGGAGAAUUUAACUUCUGUUGGUUGUGUUGGUCUUUUACUUGAGACAAUCAACCCAUUUUUGGAGGGUUCGUCUCCUAUUCUCAAUCAUGCUUUGAGAAUUGUUGAAGUGCUAGGUGCCUACAGGUUGUCUUCUUCUGAACUAAGACUUCUUGUGAGAUAUAUACUUCAGCUGAAAGUUAAGCGUUCAGGUCAUCUUUUUGUUAAUAUGAUGGACAAGCUAAUUCAAAUGGAAGAUGUCAGACAAGGAGAUAUAUCUCUAGCCCCUUUCAUUGAGAUGGACAUGAGCAAAGCAGGCCAUGCAUCCAUUCAGGUGUCAUUAGGAGAAAGGACAUGGCCACCUGUUUCUGGAUACUCUUUCGUUUGUUGGUUCCAGUUUAGGAACUUCUUUAAAAGCCAUUCUAAGGAAACAGAAAAAACAUUAAAAGGGGCUUAUGGUAAAAGGAGUGGACAAGUUUUGCGCAUCUUUUCUGUGGGUACAGUGGAUGAUGCGAACACGUUUUAUGCAGAACUUUAUCUCAAUGACAAUGGUGUUUUUACUAUUGCCACAAGCAAUUCGAGUUCAUUGUCAUUUCCUGGUAUUGAAAUGGGAGAGGGGAAAUGGCAUCAUCUUGCAGUUGUUCAUAGCAAACCAAAUGCAUUAGCUGGCCUGUUUCAAGCAAGUGUAGCUAGCAUUUACCUUGAUGGAAAGCUGAGGCACACUGGCAAGCUUGGAUACUCGCCAUCCCCCUUUGGUAAAUCUUUGCAAGUAACACUCGGUACACCUGCUAUCCGUGGCAAAGUUUCUGACCUAUCAUGGCAGCUCCGCUGUUGUUACCUUUUUGAGGAAGUCUUGACACCAGGGAGCAUUUGUUUCAUGUAUAUUCUUGGACAAGGUUACAGGGGAUUGUUCCAGGACAGUGAUCUUCUGAGAUUUGUCCCUAACCGAGCCUGUGGUGGGGAGGUAAUGGCGAUUCUUGAUUCAUUAGAAGUGGAAGUAGCUGUACCAUCAAGCAGCCAGCGCAUUGAUAGCUCAAUGAAGCAAGGGAGUUUUAGACUUGAGAGCAGUGGAAUUGUAUGGGAUAUGGAAAGGUUAAGAAAUCUCUCCUUGCAAUUGUCUGGGAGGAAGCUAAUAUUUGCAUUUGAUGGAACAUCUUCAGAUGCUUUUCGUGCAUCCGGGACUCUUUCCUUGCUGAACCUUGUUGAUCCAACUUCUGCUGCUGCAUCCCCAAUAGGAGGUAUACCACGAUAUGGACGUCUAAGUGGUGAUGUUUACGUGUGUAAUCAAUGCACAAUUGGUGACACUGUUCAAACUGUCGGAGGAAUGCCUGUUGUGCUUGCUCUUGUUGAGGCUGCCGAAACUAGGGAUAUGUUGCAUAUGGCACUGGAAUUGCUUGCAUUAUCUCUUCAGCAGAGCCAUCAAAAUGUGAAAGACAUGCAGGCCUUGAGGGGCUACCAUCUUCUUGCUCUUUUCCUGCACAGGAGAAUGUCAUUAUUUGAUAUGCAAUCUCUUGAUAUCUUCUUCCGGAUCGCUGCCUGUGAGGCUUCAUUUCCUGAGCCACAGAAAUCAAAUAUAAAACGAACAUCGAGCUAUGCAUCUGGAAUCUCACCAGAGGCCAGUCUUGAUGAACUUAGCCUACUCAAGUUUGGUGAUGAUGUGUCUUCUGGUGGAUCACAUGGAGAUCUAGAUGAUUUUUCAGCUCAAAAAGAUUCAUUUAGCCAUCUGUCCGAGCUUGAAAAUGCUGACUUAGCUGGUGAGACUUCUGAGUUCAUAGUCUUGUCAAAUGCCGAUAUGGUUGAGCAUGUUCUCUUGGACUGGACUAUAUGGGUUGGUGCUCCUAUAUCAGUACAAAUAACUCUUCUUGGGUUUCUUGAGAGGAUGGUAUCAAUGCAUUGGUUUAGGAGCCACAAUCUCACAAUAUUGCGUCGGAUUAAUCUUGUGCAGCAUCUUCUUGUUACUUUACAACGUGGUGACGUUGAAAUUCCUGUGUUAGAGAAGCUAGUUGUGCUGCUUGGUGUCAUCUUGGAGGAUGGUUUUCUUGCUUCUGAGUUGGAGCUCGUUGUAAGAUUCAUAAUCAUGACAUUUGAUCCUCCAGAACUUACGCCAAACCGCCAGAUUGUCCGGGAAGCUAUGGGAAAGCAUAUUAUCGUGAGGAAUAUGUUACUGGAAAUGCUCAUUGAUCUACAAGUAACAAUAAAUGCUGAAGAGUUGCUGGAGCAAUGGCAUAAAGUUGUUUCAUCUAGAUUGGUCACAUAUUUCCUUGAUGAAGCUGUGCAUCCGACAAGUAUGAGAUGGAUCACGACUCUAUUAGGAGUUUGCCUUACAUCAUCUACUACAUUUGCUCUGAAAUUUCGUACAAGUGGCGGUUUCCAAGGGUUGAAUCAUGUGCUUCCAAGCUUUUAUGAUUCUCCUGAAAUAUAUUAUAUAAUAUUCUGUUUGGUUUUUGGGAAGCCUGUUUAUCCUCGAGUACCGGAGGUCCGCAUGCUUGAUUUUCAUGCUCUUAUGCCAAGUGAUGGAAACUAUGGAGAACUGAAGUUUGUGGAUCUAUUGGAUACUGUUAUCGAAAUGGCAAAAGCUACAUUUGAUUCAUUUAUUAUGAAGUCUAUGCUUGCACACCAGAAUAACAAUCUUUCACACCUUAAUGGCACCUUGGUUGCGGAUCUUGUGGAAGCAACAUCGGACAUGGGAGGAGAUCUUCAAGGAGAAGCUCUGAUGCAUAAGACAUAUGCCGCAAGAUUAAUGGGUGGUGAAGCAGCAGCACCUGCUGUUGCUACUUCAAUAUUGCGGUUCAUGGUUGAUCUGGCAAAGACGUGCCCACCAUUCUCUGCUGUUUGCAGGCGGCAUGAAUUCCUAGAAAGUUGUGUUGACCUAUAUUUCUCAUGUGCAAGGUCCCAUUGUGCACUGAAGAUGGCAAAAGAUCUAACAACUGCAACAACAGAUGAGAAGAAUAUGAAUGAUGAUGACAAUGAAAGUUCAAAAGAUACCUUCUCAUGUUUGCCACAGAAUCAGGAACAAUCUGCAAAAACUUUAAGUGUUGCAAGUUUUCCUCAGGAGCAUAAAAGUACCAGCUCAGGAAGCACUGACGUGCAGAACUCUUCUGAUAAUGGUGAAGUAAAAGCAGAUAGCUCUCCCAAUGAGGAGCUCAACCCUAAGAUUAUCAAUGGGGAAGCAAACCAAGCGUUUCAGAAUGCUCAUGAUAAAGGACAGUUAUCAGCUGUGAGAUCAAAUGGCAUCGGUGAUUCUCACCAACUAGCUGAUUCGCCCAGCUCGGUCUCUAUGAUUAACACUGGAUCCCCUGUUUUAUCUGAGAGAUCGACUCACAAAGCAGCAAGCACCCCUACUGCGUCUCCCAUGGCCCCAUUCACUUCUUGGGCUGGUAGCUCAGGAUCAUAUACUGAUGGUAGACACCUAACAGCCUCUCCUUCCAUGUCUUCAACUAUAUCUGCGAUGGACCUUGAUUCAUCUCCUGAUCUGAAGACAAGCAUUCAUGGAUCACCUGCAGUGAACACAUUCUUCCCAAUCAGUUCCAAGCUUCUGCUUGACAUAGAUGAUUUAGGUUAUGGGGGUGGCCCUUGCUCUGCUGGAGCCACUGCCAUCCUUGAUUUCAUUGCUCAAAUCCUCGCUGAUAUUAUCUCCGAACAGUUGAAAGCAACACUCUUUAUUGAGAGCAUUCUUGAGUCUGUGCCUCUGUUUGUAGAUGUUGAUUCUGCUUUGGUUUUUCAAGGCUUGUGUCUAAGCAGACUGAUGAACUUCCUUGAAAGAAAACUCUUGCUUGAUGACGACGAAGAUGGGAAGAAACUUGACAAGAGCCGCUGGUCUGUCAACUUGGAACCACUUUGCUGGCUGAUUGUUGAUCGUGUAUACAUUGGCUGCUUUCCAACCCCACUCGGUGUACUGCGAACUCUAGAAUUCUUGAUGUCCAUGUUACAGCUUGCCAAUCAAGACGGCCGUAUUGAAGACGCAGUACCUUCAGGUAAAGGUAUUUUAUCCAUUGCUCGAGGUACCAGGCAACUUGAUCCCUACAUCCAUGCCAUAUUGAAGAACACAAACCGGAUGAUAAUGUACUGUUUCCUGCCAACAUUCCUAAAGAAUCUCGGGGAAGAUGACCUGCUGGCAAAUCUGGAUUUCCUAACGGAAACAGGGAGAAAUUUAGCUUCUAAACCUCCCCAGGAAGAUUAUGCUGUUGAUAUUUGCACCAUUCUUCAGCUUUUGAUUGCCAACAAGAGAUUGGUUCUUUGCCCAAGCAAUGUUGAUACUGAUCUGAUGUGCUGUUUCUGCAUAAAUCUGAUGGCACUUCUUCGUGACAAGAGAUUAAGUGCUCAAAACUUAGCGGUGGAUUUACUUAAAUACCUGGUAGUGCACCGGCGUCCAUCUCUCGAGGACCUGCUAGUUUGUAAGCCUAACCAGGGGCAACAAACGGACAUCCUGCAUGGAGGGCUUGACAAAUUACUGACUGGGAGUACAUCAAUGUUUUUUGAGUGGCUUCAGAAUUCUCAGCAAACAAUUAGUAAAGUGCUAGAUCAGUGUGCUUUGAUAAUGUGGGUUCAAUACAUUACUGGCUCAGCAAAAUUUCCUGGUGUCAGAAUAAAAGGCAUGGAUGUCAGGCGCAAGAAAGAGAUGGGACGGAAAUCACGUGAAAUUGUAAAAUUAGAUGCAAGGUUCUGGGAACAGAUAAAUGAACGGAGAUAUAAUCUUGAUUUGGUCCGUGAUGUGAUGUCCACAGAGCUAAGAGCAAUUCGUCAAGACAAAUAUGGGUGGAUAUUGCAUGGAGAAAGUGAGUGGCAGAGUCAAGUUCAACAGCUUGUACAUGAAAGAGGUAUUUUCCCCAUUCGCCAAGUAUCCACAGAACCUGCAUGGCAGCUAUGUGCAGUUGAAGGACCAUACAGAAUGCGGAAGAAACUUGAGAACUCCAAAUUUAAGUUAGAUACUAUUCAGAAUGUUCUAACCAGCAGUCUUGGGUUUGAUGAUGUUACUGCGGCCAAGAAAGAGGAUGGAGACAUGUUGAUGACAUCUGGGUCAGAUACAAUGUCGGGAUUGAAUCUUUUGACCUAUGAAACUGAGCAGAGGGAACUUGAUGCUGCUGAUUUCACUUCUUUCAAAGAGGACGAUGACAUAUUCAAAGGAGGAAGCACAAUGUCACCUCCAGUUGGCUGGACUGAUGAUAAAAGCAGCAUUAAUGAGCAGAGUCUUCACUCUGCGAAUGAUUUCGGAGCAAAAUCAAGUUCUUUUUCUUAUCACAUGUCAGAGAGUGCCCAAGGUAAAUCUGAGUUUAAUUCACCAAGACAACCACCUUCAGUUAAAGGUACUGAUACAAGAACCUCAGAGGAUAAAUCGGAAAAGGAGUUGCUUGACAAUGGAGAAUAUCUCAUCAGACCUUAUCUGGAACCUUCUGAAAAGAUUAGGCAUAAAUACAAUUGUGAACGUGUUGCUGGUCUUGACAAGCACGACGGGAUAUUUCUAAUUGGGGAGCUUUGCUUAUAUAUCAUCGAGAACUUUUACAUUGAUGAUUCCAAUUGCAUUUGCGAAAAGGGUGAUCAAGAUGAGCUCUCUGUCAUCGAUCAGGCUUUAGGUGUGAAAAAGGAUAUAAUGGGAAGCAUUGAUUCCCAGCAGAAAUCACCUGCACCAUGGGGUGCAACUGCAAAUAUUUCACUUGGUGGCAGAGCAUGGGCAUACAAUGGAGGUGCUUGGGGUAAGGAAAAACUUUGCAGUAGCAGUAACCUGCCUCAUCCAUGGCACAUGUGGAAGCUUGACAGUGUCCAUGAGCUCCUGAAACGUGACUACCAGCUUCGUCCUGUUGCAAUCGAGAUUUUCAGUAUGGAUGGAUGCAAUGAGCUUUUAGUUUUCCACAAAAAGGAGAGGGAGGAAGUUUUCAAAAUUCUGAUUGGCAUGAACCUCCCGCGGAAUAGCAUGUUGGAUACGACAAUAUCAGCUUCUUCUAAACAGGACAGUGGUGAGGGGAGCCGUCUUUUCAAAAUCAUGGCAAAGUCGUUCUCCAAACGGUGGCAAAGUGGAGAAAUUUCCAACUUCCAGUAUCUGAUGCAUUUAAAUACACUUGCUGGUCGAGGGUAUAGUGACCUUACACAGUACCCAGUAUUUCCAUGGGUUCUUGCAGAUUACAACAGUGAUACCUUAGAUCUGACAAACCCGCAGACGUUUCGUAAGCUUGAUAAACCAAUGGGAUGUCAAACAGAGGGAGGAGAAGAGGAAUUCCGCAAGAGAUAUGAUAGCUGGGAUGAUCCUGAUGUACCAAAGUUCCAUUAUGGUUCUCAUUAUUCAAGUGCUGGGAUUGUCCUUUUCUAUCUCUUAAGGCUUCCUCCCUUCAGCAUGGAAAACCAGAAAUUGCAGGGUGGACAAUUUGACCAUGCAGACCGGUUAUUCAAUAGUGUGAGAGAUACAUGGUCAAGCGCUGCUGGUAAGAGCAACACAUCAGAUGUGAAGGAACUCAUUCCGGAGUUCUAUUAUUUGCCUGAGUUUUUGGAAAACCGAUUUAAUCUGGACCUGGGGGAAAAACAAUCAGGAGAGAAGGUCGGUGAUGUUGUUUUGCCACCUUGGGCUAAAGGUAGCACCCGAGAAUUCAUUAGGAAACACCGGGAAGCCCUGGAAUCAGACUUCGUAUCUGAGAAUCUGCAUCACUGGAUUGAUCUUAUUUUUGGAUAUAAGCAGAGAGGAAAGGCAGCUGAAGAUGCCGUCAAUGUUUUCUAUCACUACACAUAUGAAGGCAAUGUUGAUAUAGAUGCGGUAUCAGAUCCUACAAUGAAGGCUUCGAUACUGGCACAGAUCAAUCAUUUCGGACAGACCCCCAAACAGUUAUUCCAAAAAGCCCAUCCACAGCGACGGACCGAUAGGAAAGUUCCUCCUCAUCCUCUACGCUACAGCGCUUAUCUUACACACCAAGAAAUUCGAAAAACUGCAUCAGCAGUGUCCCAGAUUGUGAGCUACAAUGAUAAGAUCCUAAUUGCUGCAGCAAACAGCCUGCUCAAACCAGUAACUUAUAAUGAGUACAUCUCAUGGGGAUUUCCUGACCGCAGUUUGAGAAUAUUGACCUAUGAUCAGGAUAGACUUCAAUCAACACAUGAGAACCUUCAUGGUGGUAGUCAGAUACAGUGCACUGGAGUGAGCCAUGAUGGCAACAUUCUCACCACAGGUGGUGAUGACGGAGUAGUCGCGGUAUGGAGAUUUGUCAAAGAUGGCAUUCGUCGUCUCUUGAGAAUGGAGAAAGCCCUGUGUGCUCACACGGCCAAAAUAACAUGUGUCUAUGUCAGCCAGCCUUACUCGUUAAUUGUCUCAGGCUCUGAUGACUGUUCCGUCAUCUUGUGGGACCUGACAAGCCUUGUAUUUGUGAAGCAGCUACCUAAGUUCCCAGCAUCAGUGUCUGCGUUGCAUGUAAACAACCUCACUGGUGAGAUUCUGACUGGUGCCGGUGUUCUUUUUGCUGUUUGGACCGUUAACGGAGACUGUCUUGCUGUGGUGAACACCUCUCAGCUUCCUUCUGAUCUCAUCUUGUCAGUGGCGAGCACCACACACUCAGACUGGCAGGAUACAAACUGGUAUGUGACAGGUCACCAAAGUGGUGCUGUCAAGGUAUGGAAGAUGGUUCACUGCACGUCUGAUGAAGCAGCAGACAGCAAAAACAAAUCGCCGACAACCACCUUUGGAGGGCCGGGCCUGAAUGGCCAGACACUGGAAUACAGGCUACUCCUUCAGAAGGUUCUCAAGUCACACAAGCACCCGGUCACUGCCCUUUGUCUAACACCCGACCUGAAGCAGCUUCUGAGCGGGGAUGCCAGUGGUCGCUUGUUUUCAUGGUCACUGAAAGAUGACAGCUUUAAGGGUUCAUAGCAAUAGAGAAAUCAGGAUUCACCUGCACAUAUCGAAAGCAAUUGAUUAGAUUAUAUCUGGUAAACUGACAAGCAUCUGCUUGUGCUGACAACAAGAGCACAGGGUUGGGCUCGGCUUGCAGAAACGUGCCAUAUGGAGACCCCUCUCGACGUGCAGGCCAUUGGAUGAUGUAAGGCCAAAUACAACUGAAACAUAUUGAAAGGGGGAAGAAGCGAAUGAGGCGAUCGAGGCAUUGUUGUGCUGACAAUAUAAUCUUAUACUGUGCAUUAUGUGCUGGUUCUACCUCCUGCUCUUGUAUUUUUUUCAGGAGAAAGAGUUCCAUGGGGGUAGAGGCCAGUGUUUGUAAAGUGUGUAUAGGAUGUUUUGGUAGGGGAUGGUUGCUGGUUGGGUUGGACGAUGAUGUUGUAUUGUCACUAUGCUUUUGUUUGGGGAUGGAUGCAAGGGAAGUGGUGUUAGGUUCUUUUUUUCUUUAGUUUUUCUUUUUAUCCCCCAAGAAGUGGUGUUGUUCAUUCAUUGACUAGGUGUAAUUUGAGCACCCUUCUGUUCACUUGAGAUCAUUGCACAUACAUGCAAGAGAUUUUGUCCGCCAAA